AUGAGUGAAACACCGCCUGAAACUUUCGUAGAAUUUCUAACAUCUAAUACAUUCAAUGACCUUCCAGAUGACCCAGAUAUGUCUUCCCAGCGCGAGAUCUUCUGGCAUCAGAUAGGACCGUCCAACGCAGGAUUCUCUAAAGGAGAUCUUGAGUUCAUGAAGCAAGAAGAAUACCUACGAAUGAAAUGGCCAUGUUCGGAAGCUAUGCCAGAAUCAUUUGACCCAGACACAUUAGAAACCGCCAGGCAAGCUAGGUUCAAAAGUGUUAAUGAGGAUAAAAGUACGACUGAGAUUAGUGCUGGGGUUUCCUCGAAAAAUGACACCGAGUUACACGACUCGAAUGCUGAGGGACAAUGUAAGGUGGACGAACAGGUGUCAGAUGUAAUACACCUCGACGAAGCAAACGCUUCUGAUGAAUCCGUCUUCGUAGAUGUAACACUUCCUGAACCACUAGACUCGGGCGAUCAACUUGACGACUACAACAGAGAAGUAACCAUAAAGGACGUAUCAGCAAGAAACAUCCUACAGGUGAGUCAAGGUAGCUAUGAUAUGUCUAUGGCCGGUGACAUAUGCGGUUCGGAGUUGAUAUCGGAGUUGGUAUCGGAGCCGGACCCCGUCGAGCGUGAGCCCACUCCGCGCAUGGGAUCGGGAUCUAAACCACCACUUUCUAGAAGUGCAUACGCAGCAGUUGCGCAGCCCUGUCCUAAAGACGGAUACCUGGACAAGCGACCUUGUAUGACUUUAAUGGGUUAUCCUCGGGCGCCCAAAUACUUUCCAUUUAAAAGCAGAGUAGGAAGUAAGAAGUGAUGCAUUUCCUACCUUGACGUGGAUAGUGACUAAGGAUCCAUCC